UUUCCAAUAAAAAAAAUGUCCUCAAUUAAAGAGCUAAAAGCGGAUAAAAUUAAAUUUAAAAAUGAUCCAAUAAAAUGUGUAGAAAUUGCCAAUCUUUUGGGCUAUAAAUUUCGUGAAUCAGGCCAUUACAAUGAUGCAAUGGAUGAACAUAUGGAAGCCAUUAUGAUUUGUAAUACAAAAAUAAAAAAUUCAACAAUCAAUCGUGAAUUGGAAGCUAUUACACGUCGUGCUUUAGGCGAAUGUUAUUCCGAAAUGAAUCAACAUGACGAUGCAUUACAACAACAUGAAUUGUAUUUACGUUUAACAUUACAAAUUAAUGAUCCAAUCGAAAUACAACGUGCACAUGCAACUAUUGGUCGUACAUAUUUACUUUGGGGACAAGAAGAAUCAUCAUCAUCAUCGUCGUCGUCGUUGUUGGAUAAGAAGAAUAAUUUAAUGAAAAAAGCUGAAUAUUCAUUCCAUAAAGCAAUGGAUUUAUGUGAAAAUCUUAGGUCUACGGGGAAAUUAAAACCAAAAGAAUAUGCUGAAAUGAAAUCUAGACUUUUACUUAAUCUAGGUCUUGUAUAUGAAAAUCGACAUGAUUUUGACAAGUGUAAAAAAUUGAUCAAAGAUUCGAUUACAUUGACAAAAGCCAAUUAUUUAUAUGAUGAACUUUUUCGUUGUCAAAUUUCAAUGGGUUCGAUUAAUGAAAAAAUUGCCAAUGAUUCACAAACAACAACGAUGAUGGAAUCUAUUCAUCAUUAUGAAGAAGCAUUGAAAACAGCGGAAUUAUUGAAAUCGAAACGAAAAAAAUUUGAUGCAUACAUUUGUCUGGCAAUGGCAUGGCUAACACAGGACGGACAAAUUGAUCGUGUGAAAUCAUAUUUGAAAAAAGCUUAUGGUCUAAAAAUCAAUGUUGAAGAUGAUAAAGAACGUGUCGUACAAUUAUUGAAAGUAACGAUGGCAAUUGAUUGUGAUUUGAAAAAAUUCAAUGAAACCAAUGAUGAUCAGGAUCUAGAUCAACGUAUAUUAUUAUGCGAUAGAUUGGGCGAUCAUUUUGUCAUUGUAAAAUGUUUUCAACAAGCAAUUAAAUAUUAUAAAAAAGAAUUAUUAUAUGCAAAUGAAGCAAAUAAAUCGGAUACUUUUGUCGCCAAUAUUUACGUAUCGAUUGGACAAACAUAUCUUGAUUGUGGCAUGUAUCGAAAAGCGAUCGAAUAUUUUAAACAUGAAUAUAAUUUUCAACUAGGAAACACUUGUGAACAAUGUACAUCAUUAUUGAAAAUUGCUGAAAUCCAGGAAUGUUUAUAUCGUUCUAUCGAUGAUGAUUUAGAUAUUGAUGAUGAAAAAGCCGUGUUGAGAAAAGAGAUUAUUGAAAAUUAUGAAAAUUGUUUGAAAUUAUUUUCCGAUCUGAUGGAAAUAUUAAUAUUUCCACCAAUCGAUGAUGGUGAUGAACGAAUCGAUCUAGACAUUCGAAUUGAAAAUGGUAAUGAAAAAUUCAAACAUUAUAAACAAGCCAUUGGAAAUUAUUUGAAUUUUCUCGAGACAAACAAAUUGAAUCGUUUUCGACAAGAUGAAUUACAAGAAUUGUUUCGAAAUUUAAAUCCUAUAAAUGUAAUCUGUUGUGAUGAUGAUAAUGGCAAAGAUGAUCAACAAGAAAUGGAAACCAUUAAUGAUAUGUAUGAUGGAUAUGAUAUUGAUUUAUUAUCACUGGAAUUCGAUUCAGAUGGUAAUGAAAAUGAUGAAGAAAUUCCGGAAAAUUUUCAUUCAAAACCAAAAAGAAAUCCACAGAAUAAAUCCAUUCGUCGUUUGAAUCAAUUUGGUGAAACACCAUUACAUACGGCUUGUAUUGCUGGAAAUUUUACACAAGUUGAACGAUUAAUCAAUCAAAAUGUUGAUAUAAAUGCCAAAGAUUUUUGUGGUUGGACACCAUUACAUGAAGCAUGUAAUCAUGGAUUCAUUGAAAUAGUGGAAUAUCUGCUGAAAAAGGGUGCCAAUAUUGAAGCAUAUGAUAAUCGUAGUGAUCGUAUUACGCCAUUACAUGAUGCUUGUAAUUGUGGACAUUUUGAUAUAAUCCGUUUAUUACUUAAUUACAAUGCCAAUGUAUUGGCCCGAAAUUCUAAUGAUGAAACACCCAUCGAAUGUUUAAUAAGUUGGCGUGAACGUUGUAAAAAUGAAUUGAGUAAACAAGAUAUUGAUCAAUGUCUCGAACUUGAAAUACGUAUGAUCGAUUUAAUGAAGGAUAAAGGAUUUGAUCCAACAAAAUUAUUCAAACGUUCCAAUAGUGACAACAGUGAUGCAAAUACUGCUACCACAACUGCUGCUACAAUUAUUAGAAAAAGGAAUUUAGUAAAAGAUCAUAUUUAUUCAAGCGAAAAUUCUGAUCAAUUUAUUCGUGAUGCUGAUACUGAUAUGAUUACCGUUCCUGAUGAUGAUGUUGAAAGAGAUUCAAUGGUGAUGGCACAAAAAGCCCGUCAAGAAUAUCGUAAUACAAUUGAAUCGAUUCGUUAUUUUGGAUCGAAAACGAAAAAAACCACCACUACAUCAUCAUCUUCUGUGGCUUUUCCAUUGAAACAAAAACAACAACAAAAUGCUUUGCUGAACGAAAAUGAAGAUAUGCCAAGAGAUGAUUGGCUUAUUGAUGAUAUGGAUGAUAGCACCAGACGAAAACAUCAUCAUCAUCAUCAAAGAAAACGAACGUUAGAUGGCAAUGAAUAUUUUCAACGAAAUGAUAUAAAUAAAAAAUUGAAAUCAAAUAAAAGUAAAGCUAUUAUUGGAGAUUCUGAUAUAUCGGAAAUAAAUAUAGCCCAUAAUAAUUAUCCGGUCGAUGAUGAUGAUGAUGAUAAUUUUGAAACUUUUCCUUCCUAUUCAUCCACCGCUGUUGAAACAUCCGAAAAUUAUAUGCCCAUUAUCGAAACAAUUUCUUCUACUGUCAAAUCAUCAAAUCCAACUAUUACUACUUCUUCUACUACUGCUGCUGCUGCUGCUGCUUUGUCAAGAACAAAUUUAGCUAAUAAUAAUAAAAACAAUCAUCAUCACAAUCAUCGUACAAAUAAUAAUGGAAAUCGUAAAGCAUUGACCAUACAUUUUGAUGAUAGUCAAAAAAGUUCAUUCAUUGUUUUCAUUGAAAAUAAUUCCAAUUGUCAAUGGCUUAAAGAAGAAUUGAUACGUCGUUAUUUUAUUCAUUAUGGAAUGAAACCAAGAUUCUCAUUACGUACAGCAGAUAAUGAUGAUGCUAUAUUGCUUGAUUCUGAUCUAGUCAUCGAUAUUGUUGGCAAUAAUGAACGUAAUAUAAAAGCUAUUAUUGAACAAUGGACAAUUGAUCAACCGGAUAAACGUUAUCGUGAAUUAUGUGCACAACAACAACAAACCAUUGUUGAUAAAAAUAUUGAAAAUUUACUAAGAAAAUCAUGUAAAAAUUUAUAUUUAAACUUGAAUGGUUCAUAUUUUCCAUCGAAAACACAGAAUACAUUGAUGAUGAAAGCAUUAUUGCAACAGAAUAUUAAAGAAUUGGAUCUAUCCAAUACAAAUCUAUUGUCAACAAAAGAAAAUUAUAAUGCAUUCUGUUCAAUGAUAACAACAUUGUCGAAUUUAGUUGAACUAAAUCUAUCGAAUGUAUCAAUGUCAUCGAAUUGUUUGCAACAUUUGAUCAAUUUGAAUGUAUCACUUAAGAAAUUGGAUAUCAGUUACAAUCCAUUUGGUGAUGAUUGUACAACAACAUUUUUUGUAGCACAGAUAAUAAUAACAUUUCGUAAAUUGGAACACUUCAAUCUGUCUGCAUGUGAUCUAACGGAACGUUUUUUACAAAACAACAACAGUCUUCUUGUCGAUUCAAUCAAGAAUUCUUCUAGUCUAAUAACAUUAUUACUCGAAUACAAUGAUUUCCCUGUGGAUUUAAUUGAACAAUUCAAAUUGUUAGUGAAUGAUGAUGAUGAUGAUGACGUUAAUGGUGGUAAUCGUGUUUAUUUUGGAUCAUGAAAUUCUGAAAAUCAAAGAAACGAAACAACAAGACAACAUGAAUUUGACCGUGACCAAACAAAAACAAAAAAAAAAAAAACAAGCCUAUCAAAUAAUUUACAAUGAUCAUGUUACAAAUGAUUACGGUGGUUGGUUGAUUAUAUUGGUUUCACUCGUCCAAACAACAACAACAACAAAAACAAAAAAACACAAAG